GGACCUAGAAUCGGCCUUCGGUGAUCACAGGAGGCUACUAAUCACGGGAUCCUAUGCAGGGAGCUAGCGUCGCAAGACACUAGCACGCUGCAACCACAAGCAAGGCCUGCAAGCAGCGCCGUACGAGAGGGCGUGCAGGCGCAACUCUAAUCACUGUUUGCGGCUGCAUGCCAAUUUACGCUGCGCGCUAGCACUCAACCCAUCCGUUCGGCUUGCCCUCGCUCUCUGCUCAUAAGUGCUCUCUGUGAAGAUGGAGCAACCACGGCCCAAGAAACGGCGACGCCGACGCAAAAAAGAAACGAAGGACUCGGCCAUCGGUACGUUCAGCAUCAGUGUCGACGCGGCCCGCGGCGACGACGACGCGACGGGCUCCUUCGCGAGCGUGCGGUCGCGCGCCGAAGCGUUGGGCGGCACCUACAGCGCUACCGUCCAUCGCAACGUCCACGUCUUGCUGGCGAGCGCCGGCGCCGUCGAACGCAGGACGCAGCGCGUGCGCAAGGCGGCGAAACUAGGGGUCGCAAUUGUCGACGCGGCGCCCUUCCUAGACGCGUGCGAGGCCGGUGCGUUCGACGCCGACGCGCACGCGCUGCGCGUCGCCGACGGUGACGCCGACGGCGGCGGCGGCAAGGCCGUCGACUUGAACGACGACGCGUGCUGGGUCGGGUCCUCGAAGUAUGAUGGGGGAUGCUCGUGCGCGUGCCACGACGUGCCCGGGGCGCCGCCGUUUUGUGACUGGUGCGCGGAGUACCACUAAUGUUAAGUGUUAAGCUUCUCACAGCUGCG